AUUUACAAUUCGAGCCCGGCCGAACGGCUAGUGCUGCGUGAGUUUCGGACCGGAAAGGUCUGCGUACCUGUCGAUCGACCGUGUUUAAUCGCGCUUCCGAACCGUAUCCUUCAACAUGCUGUCUGAUCCCAGCGGCAACCUUCACACACGGUAUCGGCAACAUCGGCGGCAGAACUCGACCCCCACGGCGAUGGAAGCCAUGAAGACCUCCAGCCUCUCUGCUACCGCUAUGCACCAAUACGCUUCGCAUCGACGAGGUCUUAGCCUCGAUCAGCGGAGCCAGGAGCAUCAGAGAUACCAGUGUCCAGAAGAUGCGCUGUCGAACCCCAACAUGUACCAGCAUCCACAACAUGUGCUUCGAGAAGCGCAGCAGCAGCGACUCACUCGACCGAGCCCGUCUUACCAAGCCAUGCCGAUGUCCUCUUCUGGCGAAUACCAGUCUUUCAGCCAGGAGGAUCUUCAGGCUCUUACUAACCAUCGCAGCAACGAAAACCAGUUCUCAGAGAACGCUUGCAUGAGCCCGGAUGUCUUCACUCUCGAUUUCCAGAAGAUGGGAACUAUGCCCCUCAAGGGAGACUUCGGACACAUCCAGCAGCAGCAAUCAUUCGCGAAAUCGGGCAUGCCAUAUGGCCAGUUCCUCGACAAUUCCAGCUGGCGCUACUUCUCGAACGAAAACAUGGCAGCCAUGCCCGAACGCAGUGGGAUCUCUGACCAUGAGAGGCGCAUGUCUGUGCAGUCAGACAUUGGUCCCCAUGCUCACAGACCGAGUACCCCUAAAAAGCAGAUCAGUUCCAAUUACCUGCCGAUCACACCAGCCACGACCCCAUUUAGGAAGUCCGUGGACCUUGGCAGAUAUGGCCAGAAUAUGCAGUCAUCACCUGCAAAGAGAAACAGCAUUAGCGCUGUCAACACACCAGAGUCGUAUUUCAUGCAGCGUGCAAAAUCGCUCCAGGGAGUUCCGUCGACCUCUCUCACGCAACCCAGAAUUAAUGUCCCAUCUCCCCCAAAUACCGCUUCGUUUGAUAUCAACACGUUUGAUGUCUUCGGUAGCCAGCCCUCGAGCUUCACCAGCUCAACGUCCCGAGAAACACUACAGAGCAAGUAUCACUCGCCCAGUUCCUCCCAGUCCUCGUUCCACUCGUUGCCUGAAGUUGCCGAUAUGCCCGGUCCCGAAGAGCACAUUGGAAAGGCACCAAAGGUCCCAAUUUCAGCCACGCCAUUACGCCCAAGCCCCAAGAGAAUGUCGAGCCCGGCGCCAAUCGCAUCGCCAGUGAAGGCCAAACUUUCUCCUCGGCCUGCCUCGAUUGACAACCUCAACCUCGACGCCCGGGUCCAUGCAUCAAUCACCGAAACAGGUAUUAGCAUUGAUGAAAUCGCCUCCUACAUAUCUGGUCCUGAUCCCGAGGAUGGCAAGUGGGUUUGCUUGCAUCCCGGCUGUGACAGACGAUUUGGCCGAAAGGAAAAUAUCAAGUCCCAUAUUCAGACCCACCUUGGAGAUCGUCAAUACAAGUGUGACCACUGCGACAAGUGCUUCGUUCGCGGACACGAUUUGAAGAGACAUGCGAAGAUCCACACCGGAGACAAGCCGUACGAAUGCCUCUGCGGAAAUGUCUUUGCACGCCACGAUGCAUUGACUCGUCACCGCCAAAGGGGCAUGUGUAUUGGCGGCUAUCAGGGCGUUGUGCGAAAGACGACCAAGCGUGGCCGCCCCAAGAAGAAUAGACCCGACAUAGGGGAGAGACACGAUAAGGCAGUUCGUACCCGUCAAAGAGCAGCCGAGAAGUCAUCGUCAGUGUCUGUCUCUGGCUCAGAUGGCUCCAUGAACUCACCUCCAACUGAUGUCUUUGAGAACAUGAGUAUCCGCGGCUCCAGCCCCUUGGACAGCGACCCAAUGUUCCACUCUGAGAUGUCCAGCCAGGGUCUAUCGUCGGAUGUCUUUACCUUCACUCCUCCGGCGUCUCCUGGAUGCAGCACAGGCAAUAAGCCAUCUCCGGCCCGCAGUCACCGCUCUAUCACUCCGGGAAUGGAAGAUGACAUGUUGCCUCAUUCUCCCUCCAAGCGUCCUCUUGAGAACAUCCCCGAAGAAAUUGCGGACCUCCCUCUGCUCUCCGAGAUGGGUGCCAACACCAUGUCAUCCCCUCACACCAUUCCCACCCUCGGUGGUUCAACCACUGGAUCCGACCUUGACAUCUUUAUCAACCAGGAUGCAGUCUCCACCUUUGGUAAGACUCAAAUCUCGAGUAUGAAUGGUCCUGAUAUGGCCGACUUUCCUGAAUUCGACGGCCUGUACCACGUGAAAGGUAUGCCGAAUGGCCCCAAUCUGGCAGACGACUUUUUCUUUGCCCAGUUUCCGGAAGACCAGCCAUCAGAUGUAUUCUCCAAGGAGUUCUUCGUGGACUAGACGGGGAAGACGGAUGAUGGAAACACGACUUGAACUCAGCAACACCUUUUAUGCUUCUCUGUGAAAUUUCUCAAUGACCCAACGACGUGGCGGCUUUAAG